AUGCGUUCCUUACGUGUCUGGGUCCUUCCGCCCAUCUUAACUGCUGUUCGCCCUAGAAACAGACGGCCACCGCUGCGAGGGACGAGAACUCGGCUGCACCAUGCCUCGUCACCUCGGGGAUAUGCUAUAGGCGCAGAAAAUGCUCUACACCCAAGUCAAUCUGUCGAGGAGGAAACCCUCCCUCAUUAUGAUCCGGACGAGUUUUACCCGGUCCAUAUAGGCGAGGUCUUCAAUGGGAAGUAUCAGGUGGUGGGCAAACUUGGCUUCGGCGCACACUCGACAGUCUGGCUGGGCCGUGAUAUGAACACAAAUCAGGUGCCCAACUACGUGACUCUCAAAAUAUGCACCAAGACGCCUACCGAGUCAAUUGACCGGGAGAUCCUAGCGUACCGGCAUCUCAGCUCUUUGCGCUCUUCGCACCCCGGUCUGCCACAUGUACGGGGACUUCUCGACUCGUUCGAAGUCGUUCGAUCAGAUGGGAGCUAUCACCGCUGUUUUGUCCAUCAGCCACUGCAUCUAACCAUGUGGGAUCUGCAACGACUGGGAGGAACAUCUGCGACCUUUCCGCAGGGUAUGGUCAAGAGCGCUCUUCGGUAUUUGCUCCAGGCGCUGGAUUUCCUCCACACAGAGGCCAAUGUGACACACUGCGACAUCAAGCUCAGUAACAUCAUGCUGACCGUCGAGGACGAAGGCGUGCUUACCGAUUUUGAGGACGCCGAGCGGCAACAUCCCUGUCCCCGCAAGAUCGUGGACCAUGAACGUACGAUAUACGCGUCGCGGUCUUUUCGCCUACCCCGGAACCACAAUUGGGGAUCACCUGUGUUGUGUAACUUGGGGGAGGCUCGCAUUGGGGGCUCAUAUUCCUACGAAGAAAUCCAGCCGGAGGUGUACAAGGCGCUCGAGAUCAUCAUGCAGACAGAUUGA